UUCUCUGUCUUCCUCACUUUCUCUGAGAAUAGAGAGGAAUGCAGUAUGUGGCAGGCUGUGGCUCUUUGGCUGUUGAUACUUUCGACUCUGCUUCGGGUGUCGCUGCAGGGUCCUCACCAGCGCUUUCUGCUGCGGGAGCUGCUGAGAGACUACAACCCUAUGGAGAGACCAGUGGCCAACGACUCCCAAACUCUAACUGUUCAGUUCUCCUUCACUCUGAUGCAAGUCAUGGAUGUGGAUGAAAAGAACCAGAUCAUCACUACAAAUGCCUGGCUGCAGAUGCAGUGGUACGACCACUACCUCCAGUGGAACCAGUCUGAGUAUCCUGGAGUUAAGAACCUCCGUUUUACUCCUGAUCAGGUCUGGACGCCUGAUAUUUUACUUUAUAACAGCGCUCAUGAUAAGUUUGAUGCAACCUUUAAGACCAAUGUGCUGGUUAACUCCAGUGGCUUCUGUGAGUAUUUACCUCCAGGAAUAUUUAUCAGCACAUGUAAUGUGGAUGUGCGAUGGUUCCCCUUUGACAUCCAGCGCUGUGAGCUGAAGUUCGGCUCGUGGACGUUUGACGGCUGGCUGCUGGACAUCCAGAUGAAGGAGGCAGACGUGUCAGGGUACAUGCCUAAUGGGGAGUGGGACCUGCUGGAGGUUCCUGGAGGGCGUCAUGAAGUUUUCUAUGACUGCUGUGCAGAACCGUAUCCAGAUGUUACCUUCGUGGUGACCUUAAGGAGAAGGACUUUAUUUUAUGCCCUCAAUCUGCUCAUCCCCUGUGUGCUCCUCUCCUCCAUGACCCUCUUGGUCUUCCUGCUCCCCGCCAACUCAGGAGAGAAGAUCAGCCUGGGCAUCACUGUUCUGCUCUCUCUCACCGUCUUCAUGCUGAUGGUUGCAGAGAUUAUGCCCGCCACUUCAGAUUCUGUGCCCCUGAUUGGUCAGUACUUUGCGAGCACCAUGGUGAUCGUUGGGAUGUCUGUGGUUGCAACAGUCAUCGUCCUUCAGUUUCAUCACCACAGUCCCAACAGUGGAAACAUGCCACGCUGGGUACAUUUGGUUCUGCUGCAGUGGGUUCCCUGGUUCCUGCGGAUGAAACGUCCAGGUGAGGGGUCGGAGCCCACCCUUUCAAACAGCCAGGUGGACUGCCAGAGCAAGACACUGUCCUCCCCUACCACCACCACAACCACCACCACCAUCCACACACCACUGCCCUCCAUCCUCCCCCAAAGCCUCAACUCCCUGCAGGCCAGCCUGGCCCAGCUCAACCACCCUCUACACCAUCAACUACCCCACAGACCUAGCACCCAGGCCACUGUGCACCCUAAUUCAGGCCUCAGAGAUCCCAGUCCACUCCCUCAGCCAAAUGGUCACCUGCUGUAUAUGGGCUACCAGAGCUUCCAGGCACCUGCAGAGCUGGAUCCAGUUCAGAGGAGCAGAAACACAAGUCAUGGGAGGGUUAACAGCGGACUGGGUGGAGGAGAAGGAGAAGGAGCAGCAGCAGCAGGAGGAGAUACACCUCUCCAUCAUCACCUCCCAUGUUCAAAGUUUGGGAGCCCCCCACAGGAGACUCCUCUUUCCCCAGACCCUGACCCCUCCACCACCUCCUCUGGUCAGUGCGGCCUGGAUGCCGCAGCCGGAUCAUCAAGAUCUGCAGUUUCCCACACCAUCAGUGGUGUGAUUCGUUCUGUUGCCGUGGACAACCAGUUGCAGGCUCUUCUGUCGGAGGUUCAGUUUUUAGUGGAACGUGUGAGGGAGCAGGACCGGCAGCUCAGUCUGGCAGAGCAGUGGCAGUUUGCUGCAUCUGUAAUCGACCGCCUGUUCCUGGUGGGGUUCAGUGUUUUUAACAUCAUCUGCACCAUUGCUAUACUCAUGGCUGCACCCAACUUUGGAGAGGCGCUGUCAAAAGAUUUCCUCUGACUGAUAAAAAGUACUGAGAGUGUGAAAAAAGGAUAUUACAGGUGAGGAUUCAAUGGAAGCACAACUGCUGUUAGUUACAUCAGGACACACAACAGUUAUUACUCAUGUUUGGUAAUCUGGAGCAAACCAUGAUUUAGAAACUUUACAACCCACUCUUUCUAUGACUUUAAAAGUUUUAUGAAAGAGUUAACUCAUCACUAAACAAGUCUUGUUCAUUCUUUUUGUAAUGUUUUCUACUUAAGUUUAACUGGCAUGUUUCUUUCUUCUAAAAGGAGACAAACAAGCCCUAGAAAUCAGAGAAAUUCACUCCUGUAUUCUCUCAUUAAACAUACAUCAGAGCAUCAAAUUUCUCAUUGAAAUACAGACUUUAUACUGUGAAAAACAUGUAAAAUCAAUGUUUUUUUUAUUUUUGAAUAUAUAAGGUUGUCAAAAUGUGUGCUACUUGAUACUGUUUUGAUACCAUGUGUUUAAGAAGAUAUAAUCUCUGUUAUCUUUAGGAUUGGUUGUAUCAAGAAAAGCCUGAAAUCUAAAAAAAAACCUUCAGAUCUUCAGUCAUGUUUUCAUUUAAAGCUGCUGUGAUCAAUAGGGAGAGCACUGUCUCAGAUAAAUGUCACAAUUUAGACCAUGUGCAAGAGUUUGCCAGCCUUACCUGAUAGUGCAUACAAGGGCUUCUAUUUUUGGUGCCAUGAUACAUGAAUGAAUAAUAUACUCCAUCAUUUUUGUUAAUUUUUACUAGAAUUGUAUCACAGUUUAAAAACACGGUAUCAUGAAAACACUUGUAUUAUGUGCAACUCAAAAUUAAUUUUUGGCUGGAUUUUCUUUUCUUUUUUAAAGACUGUUUUUCGGCAGUAUGCUGUUAAUUUCCUCAUCUGACGCCUACCCCAUAGCCAGGGUGGCCAUGUGUAUAAAAUACAUGUGUAAAACCAUAUUUCUCCUUUAUGGUCUUGUAGGCUUUUAAAGCCAUAAAGAAGAACGAUAUUAAUUUCAGUCUGUUUCAUAACCACAUAAAAUCACCUGACAGGAGCUUUAAGUGUCACGCUAUGUUAAAGUUAGGAGCAUGGAAUUACAGAGAUUUACUAAGGUGGUUUUUGUACAGAGUUCUUAAAAUCCAAAGAUAUGACGAAGAUCCUCCGAAAAGCUGGAAUGAUGCUCUGCAUGUAACAUAACAGAUUCUUCUUCAUCAGCUGAAACUAUGUUUGGAUUUUCAAAACUUUGUUUCAUGAUGUCCUUAAUUAAAUAAGAACACCACUGAGGAGGUUAUUAUUCCAUAAUUAAAACUGCUGUGAGGAAUUUUUGGUUUGCUUUGACUUUGGCGCCCCCAGGGGACAAAACAAUAACGCUUAUACAAAGGAGAUUCAGUUUCCAAAGUUUUGUUAUUUAAGAAUACAGUACGUAGAGUUUUGCUCUGAAAUGUCCACAUUAAUUAAGAUCAAAUGACCUUAAUUGAGGACUCUCAAAUACACUAUA